GUGAUUUGGGAACAGUGUUUCUGGAGUUAAUGUGCCAGACUGGAGUCGGAGUGAGUGAGUGCGCUGGCGGUGAGUGAUCCGGAUCCGCAGGCGGGCAGGGGUCGCUCGCUCGCACUUUGAGCGCCGCAGCCGCCGUACACACGCCGCUCAGCGCUGCCCAGCCCAGGGGAGGCGAAGCGAAACGGCCGCUGCGGCGCCGGCGAUCCUGCUCCAGCUCUACAGCGGAGGCCGAUCCGAGGUGCCAUACAAUGUCCCUGAAACCACGUGUGGUGGACUUCGAUGAAACAUGGAACAAGCUCCUGACAACAAUCAGAGCAGUUGUCAUGCUGGAUUAUGUUGAGAGAGCGACUUGGAAUGACCGCUUUUCAGACAUUUACGCUUUGUGUGUGGCCUACCCAGAACCUCUGGGAGAGCGACUCUACACAGAAACAAAAAUCUUUCUGGAAAAUCACGUCCAGCUUCUAUACAAGAAAGUUUUGGAUUCUGAAGAAAAGAUUUUGACCAUGUAUCACAAAUAUUGGGAAGAGUACAGUAAAGGUGCAGAUUAUAUGGACUGCUUGUACAGGUAUCUCAACACACAGUUCAUCAAGAAGAACAAACUGACAGAAGCUGACCUUCAGUAUGGAUAUGGUGGAGUGGACAUCAUUGAACCAUUGAUGGAGAUAGGCGAGCUAGCUCUUGACAUGUGGAAGAAGCUGAUGAUUGAGCCAUUGCAGACCAUCCUCAUCCGAAUGCUUCUUCGUGAAAUAAAAAAUGAUCGUUGUGGAGAAAAUCUAAAUCAAAAAGUAAUCCAUGGGGUUAUCAACUCCUUUGUUCAUGUUGAACAGUACAAGAAAAAGUUUCCCCUUAAGUUUUAUCAGGAUCUCUUCGAAGGUCCAUUUCUACUGGAAACAGGAGAGUAUUACAAACAAGAAGCUUCAAAUUUACUUCAAGAGUCAAACUGUUCACAGUACAUGGAAAAGGUUUUAGCAAGAUUGAAAGAUGAAGAAGUUCGAUGCCGAAAGUACUUGCAUCCUAGCUCAUAUGCCAAAGUGAUUCAUGAAUGCCAGCAACGAAUGGUAGCGGACCAUCUGCAGUUUCUACAUGGGGAAUGCCAGAAUAUCAUUAAGCAAGAAAGGCGAGAAGAUAUGGCAAAUAUCUAUACUUUGCUUCGUGCAGUUUCAAAUGGUUUACCUCACAUGAUCCAAGAGCUUCAGAAUCAUAUUCAUGAUGAGGGCCUUAGAUCCAUCAGUAACCUCUCUCAGGAAAAUAUGCCUACGCAGUUUGUGGAAUCUGUUCUUGAAGUUCACAGUAAAUUUCUUCAACUUAUCAGCUCAGUCCUUAAUGGUGAUCAGCAUUUUAUGAGUGCACUUGAUAAAGCUCUAACAUCAGUAGUAAACUAUAGGGAGCCAAAGUCUUCUUGCAAGGCUCCAGAACUGCUAGCUAAGUACUGUGACAACCUAUUAAAGAAGUCUGCGAAGGGAAUGACUGAAAAUGAAGUUGAAGACAAACUGACCAGCUUCAUCACUGUUUUCAAGUACAUUGAUGAUAAAGAUGUCUUUCAGAAGUUCUAUGCUAGAAUGUUGGCGAAGCGAUUGAUACAUGGUCUUUCGAUGUCUAUGGAUUCAGAGGAAGCAAUGAUUAAUAAACUCAAGCAAGCCUGUGGAUAUGAGUUUACCAGCAAACUUCAUAGGAUGUACACCGAUAUGAAUGUCAGUGCUGACCUCAACAACAAAUUUACAGCCACUUUUUUAAGACAACAGGACACUGUAAUAGAUCUUGGAAUCAGCUUUCAGAUCUAUGUUCUUCAGGCUGGAGCAUGGCCUCUGACUCAAGCACCCUCAUCAACAUUUGCCAUCCCACAAGAAUUGGAAAAGAGUGUACAGAUGUUUGAAUUGUUUUACAAUCAGCACUUCAGUGGAAGGAAGCUUACCUGGCUGCACUACCUUUGUACAGGUGAAGUAAAAAUGAACUAUUUAUCAAAGCCUUAUGUGGCUAUGGUCACUACAUACCAAAUGGCUGUGCUGCUAGCAUUUAACAACAGUGAAAUCGUCAGCUACAAGGAGCUCCAAGACAGCACACAGAUGAAUGAGAAAGAACUUAGCAAAACCAUUAAAUCUUUGCUUGAUGUAAAAAUGAUCAACCAUGACUCUAGCAAGGAAGAUGUUGACUUGGAUUCCAUUUUCUCUUUGAAUAUGGUUUUCAGCAGUAAAAGGACAAAGUUUAAAAUUACAACCUCCAUGCAAAAAGAUACACCCCAAAGUUGUACAGCACAGGAACAGGCCCUUCCACCCACCAUGUCCAUGCAGGCCAUCAACUGUCCAUCUGUACUGAUCCCAUUUGCCAGCACUUGGUCCAUAGCCUUCUCAGCCUUGGUGAUUCAACUGCUCAUCUGGAUACUUAAUGAUGUGAGAGGAUUUGCCUGCACCACUUUCCAGACAAGGCACAGGCAUAAUGGUCUUUACAUUCCAGCCACCCUCUGGGUGAAAAAUAAUUUCUUCAGAUCCUCUCUGUCCCCUUAAACUAAUUCAAUGCCUGCUAGCUUUAGGCACCCCUAAAGAAGGGUCCUGACCUGAAAUGUUGACCGCCUGCUUUUCUCAACGGAUGCUGCCUGGCCUGCUGAGUUCCUCCAGCAUCAUCGUGUUUUUCAUCUAGAUUUCAGCAUCUGCAGUCCUUUGUUUCCCACAGUAAUCUAGCUGUAGCCUGUCCAGUGUUUUUUAAAGUUGUACCAUAACCUCCCUGCUUUUAUAUUCUCUGCCCCAGCAAAUGAACACAAGUAUCCCUUAUGCCUUUUUCAGCAUCUCAUAUACCUAUGCUGCCACCUUUAGGGAUCCUUGGAUUUGUACAGCAGGGUCCCUCUGUUGGUCAAUAAUCCUUAGGGCCCUACCGUUGUCUGUGUACAUCCUACUCUUAUUCAUCCAUUCAAAAUGAAUCACGCCACACGUAUCAGGAUUAAACUCCACCUGCCAUUGCUGUGCUCACCAUUCCAACUGAUCUAUAUCGUCCUGUAGACGAAGACUAUCCUCCUUACUGUCAGUAAUUCCACCAAUGCUGUGUCACCUGCAAACUGUUGGAGCAAUUUGAGACAUUUCAUUCCAGGCACCAGCAACUUGCAAUGUCAAAAAUAAUUAUUGUCUCUGAUUUUAUAGGUAAUCAACUUAAGUUCAUUUAUCAAUUGUUCUGCCAUUAUGAUCCCAUCUGAAUCUUCCACUUUAUGUAACUGAAGUUCCUCUGCCCUUUGGAAUAACAUUUUGUAUUGCCUCUAAGACUGAACCUUGUUUUAAAAAUAACCUCCUUUGUUUUUCACCCUACACCUUGAUCAGUAAAGGCAAAGAAACCCAAUGAAUUUUUCUUCUGAGUCUAUUCUUCUUCCUUCAUAUCUUGGGUAUUUAUACCUCUGCUUCCUGCUCUAAUUUUAAAGCCAUAUUACUACUACAUUCUUCCUACCAAAGUGUAUCAUUUCACACAACUUUGGAUUAUACUUUCCCACUCUGCUACCUCCUGAAGUCUGUUUAAUAUCCUGUUCAUUGUCUACUACAUUUUCAACUUGGGUGUCAAUCAUAACAGCUACUCUGAACUCCUGUCCAUUAAUAUAUCUCAAAAAGGGAACCAGUCUAAUCCCUAGAGAACACUACUGUAUAUUUCCCUCCAGUUUAAAAAUAAUUGCUUGACACCAUUCUCUGCUUUACCACUUUAAGGGGAUUGAGGGGGAGUGGGGGCCUGGUGAGGGGAAUGUUAUGUGUUGAAAGCUGCUGUGACUUGGUUUAUUUUUUGGCAUGUCUGAUUAAAGGAGCAGUGAACCAGUGUGUUUGUACACUGUGCCUGCAAUGUCUUGUUUGUGACUUGUUUUCAGAGAACUAUAAUUAAAUCUUUACUGAAUUUCUGGUGUCCUACUCUAUUUUUAACUGGGUCAUCAGUACUGAU